AGAGCUUAGUGCGGCACAGUGAGGGUACAGAGGGAGCAGCAGGGAUGUCGGGCUGCAGGAUCUGGAACCGGGAGCACGAGCUGCCAGUCUAUCUGGCCAAUCCCGUCACUCGCUUCCAGCACCAAGCCACCCGGGAGAGGGCACAGGAAUGCCCCAUCACUGACCUGCAGAGCAGCUGCGCCAGCUCAGCCAGCAAAGCCAGCAAAGCCGGCAGCACCCAAUUCGAGCAGAGCUUAGAGGAGCAGGACAGCAUCAACCUGCAGCACGGUGGCGGCGGGAUGUCAGACACAGGAAUCCAGAACAGCCAAAACCUUCUACACCACAUGGGUGAGCAGUUGCUGAUUAAAGGGGGGCGAGUGGUUAAUGAUGAUCAGUCGUUUUAUGCUGAUGUUUAUGUGGAGGAUGGAGUCAUCAGGCAGGUGGGGGAAAACCUCAUUGUGCCCGGUGGGGUGAGGGUGGUGGAGGCGGAUGGUCGCAUGGUGAUUCCUGGAGGAAUCGACACCAACACCUGCCUGCACAAAGACUACCUGGGCAGUCUGCCGGUGGACGACUUUUUCCAGGGGACCAAAGCAGCACUGGCUGGAGGAACCACCAUGAUCAUUGAUCAUGUGACCCCUCAGCCCGGAGCCAGUCUGCUGCAUGCGUUUGAGCAGUGGCAGGCAGCAGCGGACAGGAAGUGCUGCUGUGAUUACUCGCUGCAUGUGGACAUCCCGCAGUGGGACGGGGGCGUGAAGGACGAGCUGGAGGUGCUGGUGCAGGAGAAAGGAAUAAACUCAUUCCAGGUUUACAUGGCCUACAAAGAUUUGUUCCAAAUGACAAACAGUCAGUUGUAUGAGGCUUUAUCGUGUUUGAGAGAUUUAGGCGCAGUUGUGUUGGUUCAUGCGGAGAACGGAGAUCUAGUAGCACAGGAACAGAAGAAGAUCUUGUCAAUGGGCAUCACUGGGCCAGAGGGUCACCCCCUCAGCCAUCCAGAAGAGCUUGAGGCGGAGGCUGUGUUUCGCGCUAUCACGAUCGGCAACCAGGUCAACUGCCCCAUCUACAUCACCCGUGUGAUGAGUAAAACUGCAGCGGACACUCUGGCCCAGGCCCGCAGGAAAGGCUGUGUGGUGUUUGGAGAGCCUCUAACGGCAAGUCUGGCCACAGAUGGUUCGCACUACUGGAGCAGGAACUGGGCCAAGGCAGCAGCCUAUGUCAUCUCCCCACCACUCAGCCCGGACCCCACCACCCCCCAGCACCUACACACCAUGCUCGCGUGUGGGGACCUGCAGGUGGUGGGCAGUGGUCACUGUGCUUACAGCACGGCCCAGAAGGCCAUUGGGAAAGAUAACUUCACCCUGAUCCCUGAAGGAACCAAUGGAGUGGAGGAGCGAAUGGGCUUCGUCUGGGACAGAGCAGUGGCUCUUGGGAAAAUGGAUGAGAACCAGUUUGUUGCUGUGACGAGCACCAACGCUGCCAAACUCUUCAACCUGUACCCCCGUAAGGGACGCAUCGCCGUAGGGUCAGACGCUGACAUCGUCAUUUGGGAUCCGGACCACGUUAAAACCAUCACAGCCAAACUCCAGCAAUCUGCUCUGGAGUAUAAUAUCUUUGAGGGGAUGGAGUGUAGGGGUGUUCCGGUGUUUGUGAUCAGUCAGGGACGGGUGGUGUACGAAGACGGAAAGCUGAAUGUCCAGCAGGGAACUGGCCGCUUCAUCCCACGGAAACCGUUUCCUGACCACGCCUACCAGCGCAUCAACACCCGCAACAAGGUGGCCGGCAGGCAGGCCGUGUCUCGGGGUGUGUAUGACGGCCCUGUGUGUGAUGUCUCGCCAACUCCCAAAUACAUAACCCCCGCCCCUUCAGCCAAAACCUCCCCCACCACCCAACAACCUCCACCAGUCAGAAACCUGCACCAGUCUAACUUCAGCCUGUCGGGAGCUCAGGUUGACGAUAACGUUCCCCGGCGCUCUGGACAUCGCAUUGUAGCACCCCCUGGAGGCCGAUCCAACAUCACCAGCCUUGGCUGAGACCCUAUCGAACACCUGUGUGUGUGUGUGUGUGUGUGUGUGUGUGUGGAUUCCUUUACUCCUAUGAUAACACAUUCUGUCCACUGCUGCACAUUGUGUGUCAUUGUGUAGGUCAUCAUCAUCAUCAUCAUCACUGUGGAAACUAGGAACACUGUGUGUUUGGGUGUAGAAAGUGUUAUAAAGUGUGUAUAAAUGAUCUUUAAAGCCUUGGUGAACCCCACCGGCCUGCUGUUUCUGAUGUUCCUGCAAACUGGUGCUGCCUCUAGUGGACAACUGCACAUGUAGCAGUCUCACUUCAGGAUAUUGUCUUUUGUCUGUGUUUUUUUUUUUUCACUUUGGAUUGAAGACAGACCCCGACCAUAAUUCUCUGUGCACUGAAAAAAUCUGCAAUAUUAGCAUAAUUAAGGUCCACUUGAUUGUUUCUGUGGCCAAAGCUGGAGACGCACUGCAUGAGUUUUACAGAUAUGUGGCGAUGUUUAUUAUUAUUAUUAUUAUUAUUAUUAUUAUUUAUUUGUUUAUUUAUUUUAUUUUCUAAUAUUAUUACACUGCUAGACUGUUGGUAUUAUUCUUUGAUCAUGGUCGUGUGGUGAGUCCAGUGUUGUUACAGUGUUGUACAGUAAAGCCCGGCAGUGUGUGUGACUGUGGAUGUGUAUAACAAUAAGUUAUAAUGGAAACACUGACCCCUGCUGUUUAAACACGUGGCACUUCCUGUUAAACACUCAGUACUUCCUGUUAACCUGUACCACAAUCCUUGAAAGCCGAAGUGUUCCUCGACUGUGACUUUGAAAUUUGUAAUUUGUUAAUUUGUUGCAACUGCGUUACAGCAGCUAAGUAUACAAACUAAUGCUAACGCUAACAUUAGCUUUAACAUUUUUACAGUAAACUGAAUAAUCACCUACUACAGUUAUGACUGAAUCACCUUCUACAGUUAUGACUGAAUCACCUUCUACAGUUAUGACUGAAUCACCUUCUACAGUUAUGACUGAAUCACCUUCUACAGUUAUGACUGAAUCACCUUCUACAGUUAUGCUAAUGCUAAUGCUACUGAUACUGACACACACUGAUACUUUUAAAUCAUUGCUGUGAAAUAAAACACUGGAAGAUUUUGAUUAUCAA